AUGGCUCGCCAACUUCUCCUCGCCGCGCUGUUUCUCACAACUGCUCUCGCCCAAACCCUCAAUGUCACUUCAGACCAACCCUUUACUCCGCGCUCCAACGCCUACGGCUGGUCCCCUGCCGUCCUCCUCCAAUCUUCCUCAGGAAUCUGUCCUCUCUACGCAUACAUAAACUGCCAAUCCAUCUCCGGUCCAAACUAUUGCUGUGGUGCUGGCACUUAUUGCGCAUAUGGAGGUCCUGAAAACCACAUCGGAUGUUGUGCCGACAAUGCCGUUUGCAGCGGCGAACCAGAGUUACCUUAUACAACCGUGUAUAUCCCUUCUGCGACCGCAACGACGUGGUGGACAGCGUCAGGAGGGGAAACGCAAACGGGGUAUGUGGGGCCUGUGGUGACUGUCACGACGACAACUACGGAGAGGCAGACGGAGUAUGUGACGGGUGCACCGAAGACGAUUUGUAGUACGUUGUAUGCGAAAGGUGAUAAUUUGCCUGCGACGGCGGCGGCGCCUUGUGGGCUUGUGCUUGUGUUGAAUGGCGCGCCGGCGAGGGGAGUAGAUGGUGUGGGAUUUGCUGCUGGACUUGCUGUGAUUAAUGGGCUCGCGGCUGUUCUGGGUUGGAUGGGGUUGGUGUGA